ACUCAAGAAAUUCUACAAUUAUAUGAUUCUUUGACUUGCUGUGGAGCUGCUUUCCUUUUAUGGGCUGGGAGCCCUGCUCCAGCUCGCAGGCAGCACUGCUGCCUUGCAUCCAAUCACAAGCACCGUUGUCUCAAAGAGCCAGGAUUUUGAAAGUACACUGGCCUUGAAUGAAGAAGCUGGCUGGUUGAUGCUCUAGAUGUGGGAGGGGAGAAACUUCAGUCAUCAAGUAAUUGGUGGCUUGAGCGCAGAGUAAAGUCAGUUGCUAUUUCAGGGAAAGGAAAGGCAACUGCUCCCUGGAGGGAAUGACUGCACUAGUUCAGAGUCAGGAAUAGGCUGAGAUUUAAUUACUUCCCCCCCCCCUUCCCGACCAAGACUUCAGGAAAAGCGAACACACAAUGUUCAUUCGUAGGGAUCGUUUCCUGAACAUGAUGUGUGCUCGCUGUCCCGCAGGUCACUUUCCAGUGUGUCACAUCCUUCUGCACAAGGGAGAGCAGGAAAUGGCAAACUCCCAGUAUGAGGCAAAGCAUUCCCAUUGCAGCAAUUGGUCCACGGGAGCUAUAAAUUGGUCUCCUCCAGAAACAGACUAAAAUUUGCCUGUGGGGAGGUCAGCCAGAAACUAAAGACAGAGGCCAUGGAGAGGAAUGGUGCUUCCCAUCCCCAGACGCCAGACCCCACGCGCCACUUCCACAUAGCGCUGCUGGAUCAGCGACGGAGGCUGCAAGGUCAGAUCGCUCACCUUCACAAGGCAGCUCGCAAAAUCAACAAGCUUCGCAAAAGAUCGCUGAUUGCCAACAUCAGUGGGAGCUCACUGACAGCCGUGGGAGCAGUCACAGCCAUCGUGGGGCUGUCUCUAAGCCCAGCUACACUGGGAGCUUCCCUCCUGGCAUCUGCAGUGGGUUUGGGCUUAGCAACUGCUGGGGGGGCUGUCAGCAUCACCUCUGAUCUCUCUGCCGUGCUCUGCAAUUCCCAGGAGGUGAAGAAGGUGCAGGAAAUUGCAAUGACUUGUCGGAAACAGAUGAGGGAAAUCCUCGGCUGCUUGGAAUUCCUCCGCCGCGGGCAAGGCCCAGGGGACCCCAAGCUUCUCCAGUCGGAGAAGAGAGCAUCCAUUUCCCUUUAUAACUCCGUCUGCUUCAUGGUCUUCUGUGGCUCCCACAGCUUCCUUGUGCCAGAAUACACAAAAGAGGUCACAAAAGUGAGCCAAGCCAUGCUGAAGGCCAAAAUCCAGAAGCUGGCUGCCAACCUCGAGAUCUGUACCAGGGCAAUGGAUGAAGUCUGUGAACUCCUUGAGUCCAGGACAGAGCUUUCCCCACAGAUGAAGAAGCUCAGCUUGGGUGCUAGAACCACCACUGGGACCCCAAGACCAUCCAGCUGAAACAGUAAUUGCCCUGUAAUGAAACCAGACUUGAAAACACUACAUAAUUGUCACCACUAGCGCUGCUACCUGUUGCUGUUGUAAUAUUGGUGAAUACUGGUGGUGCUCAUCCACAUAUAUGCACACAUCUCUUGUGCCUUAUUUAUAUCUGAACACAAAGCUCUCCCUGAUAUCAAGACAGUUACACAUAGACACACACACACACACACACACACACACAUACACACACACAGAGGUACACCCCACUGCCUCACGUCCACCUCCAUGACUCUGAUUCCUCAUGUAGCAGAAAGCAGUAGGUCAGCAGAGUGAUGAAAUCCCUGCAACCUUGGUGCUGACUAACCCCAGUUUGUGGAUAACUCAUCAAUCUAUGAAUGCUGAAGGGGCUGUGAUACCCUCAAAGAGCCAACAGCCACCAACUUCCAGUAGAGUACAGCCCCGUUACCAAGGUACAUGUGGGAAGGUUGUUGAAAGGAGCAGCCCUGGAUAUGACAGACUGUGUGGAUGGCUCAGUCAUCAUAGGGUGAACCAGAAGCCAGAAACUGUUAUCCUUUAUGAAGAAACCUUUCCAGGCUGAGAACUGUGAUGUUUGUGUUCUAUUUAUUUAUGUGAGAAGUUUUUAAAGUUUUGAUGUUGUAUUUUAAAGUUUUUGAUAUUUUAUUUAAAUAUUUUGUUUUCCUUUUAAAAAGAGGUCUCUGCUCCAAAGGAGUACAUCUGUUCUUAGAGGCAAUGCAAGUCUGUGGCAAGUGAGAGCAAGUUAUAAGUUCUUUGGUUGUAAGGGUAAGUCCCUGUAGGAAAGAUAAAGAUGAAUGCUGGUAGUUAUAACAUAGGUGAACUGUGGUUAACCAGUGACAGAUCAUAGAAACCAAAACAGGGAGAAAGAUGGGUCAGUGACCCUGGGACCAGAGCCUGCCCCAGCAGACCCUCUGGGGAGAAGAGUAAGUGUACCUCUUGGAGCAUGGAGGGAAGAGUAUGCUGGUGUUAUGGUCUGAGCUGGAGACCAGCUGAGAGAAGAGCGCACCUGAGAAGUGGUAGUGCUGCUCUCUGUGCAGUCAAACAGCCUGUGAGACCCACAGUGGUUGUCUGGGGAGGGAGGAGGCAGCAUGUACAGAGAGCUACACAUAUGCUUAGCAGUGCUUCCCAGGGAAGGCUCCACAUCAGCAAUGCAUAUAUUGGUACUAACAGUCAACAAGGGUGCAGAAGAGUAGGAUGAUUCAGUGGUCAGAACAUUGAGGAAGCAAGAGAAAUGGCUCGGACUCGGUUUCGAGUGACUGCCCCGCUAAGGAUGUCCUUUGUGAUUUUCAUCCCCUCAGUGCCUCAGUUGUCUGUGCAAAAAUGGGAACAGCAACACUUCCCUACCUCACAAGGAUGUUUCUGGGACAAAUAUUCUGAAGUGCUCAGGUGCUGUGGUGAUGGAGAUCAUGCCAAUACCUGAAAGAGGUACAAGGAAGAGACCCCAGAAUGGAAGGGGUACUUAGGAUUUGUGAAUCAAAAUGAUGAAAAAGCUGAUUUUUAAUUCUAUAGCUCUGAGCAAACUCUUGGGAAGGACUAUACUCCAACUUACAAAGCUCAACUCCUUCUCAAGUUGUAUCUUCCACUCAUGACUUCAUCAUGUGUUUUGAUGUGUAAAACAAAAGCUUUUGUCCCUCAGAAUGUGACUCAGUUGUCUGUAAUGCCCAUGCCUGUUUGCUAUAAGGGGAAAGUACACUGCUAGUUCGAUUAAAUGAAUAUAAAGUA